UCCUGGGAGGAGCUUGAAAUGAGGACCCCCAUCGAUAAAAUGCAACUCAAAUGCAAGUCUUCUCUCUCUCUCUCUCGCUCCACCAUUGCUGGCCUUCUUCUCCAGAUCUGCGAAUCUGAAGCUCUCUCUUAAAACCCUAGCUUCCUCAAUUUCCCGCAUCGGCCUUUGAUCCGCGCGAUCCGAUGCCGCUGCUGCCCAGAUCUGCCACUUAUUUCAUCUUCUUCCUCAUCUUCCUCGCCUCCUGCCCCUCUGAUGGCUUCUACCUUCCGGGAAGCUACCCACACAAGUAUCAGAUCGGGGACCUCCUCUCUGUGAAGGUGAACUCCCUCACUUCCAUCGACACUGAGAUGCCCUUCGGCUACUACUCUCUCCCUUUCUGCCGACCGCUCGAGGGCAUCAAGGAUUCCGCCGAAAACCUCGGCGAGCUCCUGAUGGGAGACCGCAUUGAGAACUCUCCCUACCGCUUUCGCAUGUUCACUAACGAGUCCGACCUAAUCCUCUGCCGCAUAGAUUCCCUCUCCGCUGCCGAUCUCGCCCUUCUCAAGAAGCGCAUCGACGAGAUGUACCAGGUUAAUAUUCUCCUUGAAAAUCUGCCUGCAAUCCGCUUCACGACGAAGGAGGAUCUCGUUCUCCGAUGGACCGGUUACCCCAUCGGCGUCCGUUUCGGCGAUUCCCAUUUCAUUUUCAACCACCUCAAAUUCACCGUUCUUGUCCACAAAUACGAGGAGCCUGCAACAGUAGCCGCUGCAUCCGCCAACUCUGCCGGUACCGGCGACGGCAGCCGCACUGGCCCAGGUUAUAUGGUGGUUGGCUUCGAGGUUAUACCCUGCAGCUUCCAACAUGAUACAGAGUCGAUCAAGAAUCUCAAGAUGUACGAUAAGUACCCGACAAAGAUCAAGUGCGUGCCAUCCACCGUUGCGAUGGACGUGAAGGAGAAGCAGCCUCUGGUCUUCACCUAUGAGGUCUCCUUCGUCGAGAGUGACAUCCGCUGGCCGUCGCGGUGGGAUGCUUAUCUGAAGAUGGAGGGCGCAAAGGUACAUUGGUUCUCGAUUCUUAACUCCCUCAUGGUGAUUGCGUUCCUCGCUGGAAUAGUCCUGCUGAUUUUGCUUAGAACUGUUCGGCGGGACUUGACCCGUUACGAAGAAUUGGACAAAGAGGCGCAGGCCCAGAUGAAUGAGGAGCUUUCCGGGUGGAAGCUUGUGGUUGGGGAUGUCUUCCGUGCGCCUGGUAAUGCAACUCUGCUUUGUGUGAUGGUUGGAGAUGGCGUACAAAUACUUGGAAUGGCAGUGGUGACCAUAUUGUUCGCCGCUCUUGGAUUCAUGUCGCCAGCAUCUCGAGGGACCCUUGUUACUGGUAUGAUUUUCUUCUACUUGAUUCUUGGAAUUACAGCUGGCUAUGCAGCAGUAAGGCUUUGGAAGACGAUUAAGUGCGGGGAUCAUUCGGGUUGGAUGUCUGUUUCUUGGAAAGUUGCUUGCUUCUUCCCUGGUAUAACUUUUCUGAUAUUGACCACUCUAAAUUUUCUUCUUUGGGGUAGUCAAAGUACUGGUGCAAUUCCCUUUUCUCUAUUUAUCAUACUACUCUUGUUGUGGUUCUGCAUCUCUGUGCCGCUGACCCUUGUUGGUGGCUACCUUGGUGCCAAGGCACGUCAUGUUGAAUUUCCUGUAAGGACAAAUCAAAUCCCGCGAGAAAUCCCUCCCCAAAAAUACCCAUCUUGGCUGCUUGUUCUUGGUGCUGGAACUCUACCAUUUGGUACUCUCUUCAUUGAGCUGUUUUUCAUUAUGUCUAGCUUGUGGAUGGGCCGCGUCUACUAUGUCUUUGGUUUCCUCUUCAUUGUUUUGAUCCUUCUUGUUGUUGUUUGUGCUGAGGUUUCACUGGUUCUCACUUACAUGCACCUGUGUGUUGAGGAUUGGAAAUGGUGGUGGAAAUCAUUCUUCUCCUCAGGAUCAGUUGCUAUCUACAUAUUGCUUUACUCGGUAAACUAUCUUGUGUUUGAUCUCAAGAGUCUAAGUGGUCCUGUGUCAGCUACUCUCUACCUUGGUUAUUCACUUUUCAUGGCUGUGGCUAUCAUGCUCGCCACUGGUACAGUGGGCUUCCUCUCUUCCUUCUGCUUCGUGCAUUAUCUCUUCUCUUCAGUUAAGUUGGAUUGAGUUGCGAUCGCUACCAGAAGAACAAGCCAUCUUGAUCAUUUCAAAGAAAAGUUGAGCUUUUGAUAGUUUGGUCUGGGUAGAAAUAAUAUCAAUUGGUCUUAUUAUUCUUUCAUGACAGAAAAAAUUGCUUGCUCUCUUCUUGUCAUGGUGAGGAGAGUAUAUGACAUUUUAUCUUGUACUUGUCAACACUUCGUUUUUGUUAGUCAGAAUGCAUUUUGUUUUUUGCUAGACUGCGCAUAAAUGAGCUCUGUUUUUGUAGUUAUGAAUUGUUUGCUAUAUAUUCAUUUUGAGUUUA